AUAGAGCAAAGUUCCUCUCACUGGGAGUGUUAUCUGAAUUUCUCUUCUUACUUUGUCCUCUGUGUUCAUAAGAUUGUUUUGCUAUUUUCUAGCUAUUAAAUGAAAUCCUUGUGAAAUUCCCAACAGGAACAUCUUCAUAACUAAAGCUGGAAGAGCAGACCAUGUUAGAAAGUUGUCUUUAUUUAUUUGUUGUAACGCUGACAACCAGCAUUGGAAAACAAGUGCUAACAGUGGGUGGAAGUGCUCAUCAGAUCCCUAGAUAUUCCACUUAUGAAAUUGUCACUCCUCAAAGACUGUCAGAGAAGCACUGGACUCAUCUUCAUGAGGGACAUUUAAGUAACGAACUCUCUUACUUGAUUCAGACUGGAAAUGGAACACACAUCCUGAAAUUAAAGAAAAAUAAAAAUCUUAUUGGUAAAAACUUCACAAUAUUUACCUACAUCAAUGAUGGGAAAUUGAAGACAAUGCCCUUCGAAGCCAAGACUCACUGCUAUUACCAUGGAGUUCUUGAAGGAGUUGCUGACUCUGUGCUUGCUUUCAGUACUUGUGAUGGACUUAGGGGAAUCCUCCAUAUUGGUGGCAAACGAUAUGGCAUGGAGCCAAUUAAUGGAUCAGAUAAAUUUGAACAUUUUUUCUAUCCAGUAGAAAAUUCUCCUCAAGACUCUGUUCUGUGUGGUGUGCAGAAUAAUAACCUAUAUCAUCACCAGCAGAGCAUGGAGGCUUUUCUGAAAUACACAAAUAUAUCACAUGAUCAUUUUAGCAAGGAUACCAUUCUACGGAGGAGACGUGCUGUGCUGCCACAGAAAAGCUAUGUCGAAUUAUACAUGGUUGUGGAUAACAAGAAGUAUUUGCAGAAACAUAAAGAUGUGGCAGCUGUGAGCAAGGAAAUAGUUGAAUUGGUGAAUCAGGUUGAUAUGAUGUUCAGUUCUUUAAACAUACAAAUUGUCCUAGUUGGACUGGAGAUAUGGACUGAAGAAAACUUCAUAGAUGUGGAUAUUGGUUCAGCUGGAGAUGUACUGAGUGCAUUUGCAACUUGGAGACAGAAAACUCUCAUGAAUCUACCGAGAAAUGAUGUUAGCCAUCUUAUAAUAGGGAGACAGUCAUUUGGUACAACAGUUGGAAUGGCUUUUAUUGGGACAGUUUGUAAUCGGGAUUUUGGAGGGUCAAUCAGCACUUUUAACCAUGAGAAUGUGAUUGGUCAUGCUUCAGUUGUUGCACAUGAACUGGGACAUAAUCUGGGUAUGAAUCAUGAUGAUAAAGGAUGUCCAGGUUCCUACAUUAUGCACAGUAAGGCUGGUGGGUCCAAGAACUUCAGCAGUUGCAGUGCAAAUGACUUUGAAAAUCUCAUCUUGAGAGGUGGUGGAAGCUGUCUUAGAAACCCUCCCAAACCAAGUGAUAUCUUCACAGAACCUGUUUGCGGCAAUCACAUAAUGGAUAAGGAUGAAGAAUGUGACUGUGGUACACCAGAAGAGUGUACCAGUCCUUGCUGUGAUGCUGCAACCUGCAAACUAAAGUCUGGGUCAGAAUGUGCAGAAGGUUUAUGCUGUGACAAUUGUAAGUUUAAAGUAGCAGGAAUGCAGUGCAGGCCAAAAAUGAACAGUUGUGAUCUUCCUGAAUACUGCAAUGGAUCUUAUGCCUACUGCCCAGAAGAUGUAUUUAUCAUGGAUGGCUAUCCUUGUAACAAUAUGAAACAGUACUGUUAUAAUGGAAUUUGUCAGGAUUACGAUUCUCAGUGUGAAUCCCUUUUUGGAAAAGGAGCAAAAAAAGGACCAGAUAUUUGUUUUGAAAUCGCCAAUGCUAAAGGAGACAGAUUUGGCAAUUGUGGAAUGUCAAGAUCAAAUUUUGUUAAAUGCACCCAGGUUGAUAGUUUGUGUGGGAAGCUUCAUUGUACAUCUUUCAAUCAUGAGAAUCUUCCUUCCCAAAUUUACAUCCAGAACCAACAGGGUGUUUCAUGUGUGACUACUGAUUUUGACUUAGGAUCAGAUGUCCCUGAUCCAUCUCUGGUUCAGAAAGGCACAGCUUGUAAAGAAGGGAAGGCCUGUGUUGAUUUCAAGUGUGUGAAUUCAAGCUUGCUCGGUUAUAACUGUGAUGUAGCAAACAAAUGUAAUGGCCGUGCAGUAUGUAACAACAAAGGUAAUUGCCAUUGUGAUCCUGGAUGGGCACCUCCCUUUUGUGACAAAUCAGGUUAUGGUGGCAGUAUAGAUAGUGGUCCAACUCAUAUAGAUACAUCACUUCGAGAUGGUCUCCUAGUGUUUUUUCUACUUGUGUUGCCUGUGCUAAUUCUAGUAGUUGCUGCAGUUGUUAAGAGGCAUGCGAUUGAAAGAAGGCUUUGCAGAGAAUGUCGAAGACGCCGGAGGGCUAAAAAUGCACAGCAAGCAAGGCAGAAUAAUAUGCCAGCAGGGCCAAACCAGCCGAAUGCAGUGAACAACAGGCGGCCUGCUACAUCAAAUUCUGGAGUGUUUACAAUAUCACACUUUCCUACACCAAGGCCACCAAUGCAACAUCUGCCUGGUCCACCUCCAUCAAGACCUCCUUUGCGACCUCCGAUCCCACCAAGACCUGUGUUUGCAAACAUAUCUUGAAAGACUCAUCCAUUUAGACCAGCAUUUUGAGCCUGCGGGCACUUUUGGAAUUCUGACAUGCCGUGGUGUGCGUAUCCAUGAAUGGCUGCCAUUGCUUACCUUCAGUCACACGGUGAAGAUCCUUGUACUGUUUUGGCAGCUGCUGCCAAAACAACAUUUUUAAAAAUCUUCACACAACUUAUGAAAUCUCCAGUAGCCAGUGAGAGCCCUUACUGGGCAAAAGCCCCACCUGGCCCUGCCUACUUUUUAAAAAUACUUGGUGUGUGCCAUGAAACAUAUCAGCAGGUACUAUGGCAUUCAUGGACAUAACUAGGGACCCAUGAUUUGGAUACACACCUUGAGCAUCAUAAGGAAAAAUGUGCCAAUGAUAAAUUAAUGACACAUUUUCAAGUAUUUUUUUACCAGUAUUCAGUAAACACCUCAUUUUAACUGAUAAGCUUUAAACUAAUGAAUCAGGGUGUGUAUGGUUUAGUUUUAUUUUUUCAGAAACAGGUGGGCCAGCACUAGCAAGAUAAGAUUGGUUUAAGUGAUAGAAUAAAGAAGACUAAUGCUGUUGCCCUCACAACACAAGGAAAUACAGCCUUUCCCCUAAGACACACAAUAUUUCCCAUGAAGAAGUGUUCCUUUUACGUUGAGCUGCUCCGGGCACAUAAAAAGUAUUUUGUGAAGGAAAUAUAAUGAAGAAGAGGGUAAACUACUCAAGAAAAUCAUGCACAUAAAGCACUUUCCCCAGAAACAUAAAGCUGAAUGCACUUUCUUACCUAUGUGUCCCAGUUCAUCAGCUAGGGUCCAGUGCAUGGAAGCAGGCAUCCAUGCACAAACUGCUAUUCUGGAUUGGGUGCAUGCACACAAAAAGGUGCUGGAUAGGUAGAGGACCCUGCUAUCCUGUGUAUCUUCACAUGUUUAAGAACGGAUGUUUUUGUAAUCAUGUUAGUGGAAUAUUUCUAGAGAUGUUUUCUAGAAGAAACACAAUAUUUUUAAAGAUGCCUUGUUCUAUUGAAAUGGGUACAGCACUGACUUAUAGUGCAAACCUAAACAGAGUUACACCCUUCUAAAUCGAUUGACUUUAAUGGAUGUAGAAGGGUUUGACAGUGUUUAGAAUUGCUCUGCCUGGGUCUUCCAUUUGUAUAUUUAAAAUAUAUGAGAAUUGUGUAUUAUUCAUUAUUUUAAAUAUAUAGUAUAGAAUUUGGUGACAGUAUUGUAUUAUUGAGAGGCAGAAACCUAUUAAAUCUUCCAUACUGCCUUUAUUUUGCAAAUGAAGACUAUACAGUUUGAUUGCUGUGAAUUUUAUACCUCAAUCAGUAGACCAUUUGCAAGAGUAUUUCUUUGACUUACCGCUAUCACUCAUAAUUAAAUCCAGGGGUCGUUUUGUAGGGAAAAAAGGUGCAGGAGCUCAAUAGCGUAUCUCACGUGCAUAUGCCCUAGGAUCUGUGUGCAGAAGGGAGAGAACUCCCCACUGCAUGCAGACCCUGGCUGGAGGUUCAGAAGCUGUGCUCCUGUGAGCUCCUGCUGAAUUCAAGCUCUGAUUAAAUCUGAUAAAAUGCUGAUAUUUAACCAAUGAAUAUUUUUGUAUUGAAAACAAUUAAGAAAACCUUUGUCAUUUGAAGGAUCAAGCUUUCUUUUCACCCCACAAUUGCCACAUUUCUGGUAGUCACCAAUAAGCAAUUUUCCUGUGGAUUUAUUUCACCUUGAAUUGCCAACUUUGGCUUAGGAAAAUAAUUGAGAUUUGGGGACUACUGAGGUGGGACUUCAGCUUCUCCUAGACUCUAUGAAAUACCAUGUUCACCCUCUGAAGCUGCCAUUUUAUCAAGGGGAACUGAUUUCUGUAAUGUGGAGAUCAGUUCAAAUUCUGGGAGAACUUUAGGCCCCACCUUGAGGUUAUAACACCUAUUUCAUCACAGAAUGAAUGAAAACGGGGAGGGGGGAGAUUUUGUGGGGCAAAAAUAAUUUGUAUGCUUACCAUUACGUAUCUGCUUUAAACCAAUCGACUAAUUAUUCAUAAUCUCUGUUCAGGUAAAUGUAUGAUGUGAAAGAGAUGUAACUUCUGGAAAUCUACAAACAUUUUGUUUCACGUAUUAGAUUUUCCUUCAUAGAUUGUUCUUGAGUGUACAUAUUACACAGAAUAAAUUAAAUCUCUAAAA